UCUUCUCUUCACAACUGCCAACACAGAAUCAUCUAACUACUACCCUUCUCUAUCUGGUAAUUAAGAUCCUUUAAAGCAUCAGUCUAAGAGGCCAUGAGAAGUUUGGCUAUGAAAUAUCCAGUAUUCAAAGAACCUACUCCUUCUGAGGAAGCGUCUUCCAGCAGAGAAUCCCAAGGAGAUGAAGAGAUCGGACCUCAUAGAAACUCAAUAAUGAAUGGAGAAGUACUAACCUUGGAAAGUGCCAUUGCUACGGCCAGUCGAAGCAUUACUCGUGCGAGCAAUCUAACUCAGCUGGCUAGAGUGGGGGUUGCAGAGAUGGUUGGGACAUCCAUUUUGAUGUUCAGCGUGUGUGGGAUCAUAGCAGUGACGCGGAUCAUGAGAGGUGAAGUGGGUCUCUUGGAAUACGCAGCCACAGGUGGUUUGUCAAUAACCGUAGUCAUUUUCAGUGUAGGAUCCAUCUCAGGUGCCCAUGUUAAUCCCUCCGUCACAAUAGCCUUUGCAAGCUUAGGUGCAUUUCCAUGGUCCAAGGUUCCUUUGUACAUAUUGGCACAAAUGUUAGGAUCUGUCAUUGGAACGUACGUGGGGAAGUCAGUAUAUGGCAUUGACACAGAGAUGAUGACAACCCACCCACUUCAAGGUCGCUCCACUGCGUUCUGGGCGGAGCUCAUUGCUACCUUCAUCGUUGUCUUCCUAGCAGCAUCACUAUCUAGUCAUCCCCGAGCUGUUUCUCAUUUGGCUGGUUUUGUGGUUGGGAUUGCAAUUGCCCUUGCUAUUUUGAUAACAGGGCCUGUCUCCGGAGGGUCAUUGAAUCCGGCCAGAUCAUUUGGACCUGCUCUUAUUUCAUGGAAGUUUGAUGAUAUAUGGUUGUAUCUCUUUGCCCCAACUCUCGGAGCUGUGGCAGCAACUCUCCUCUUCCGGUUGCUUCGACUUCAACACCACCCUUCCUCCUCCUCCACUGCCCCUUCUUGUGCUCCUGCUAAUCCUUCAGUUGAUUAG